CCCUUGAUCUGCAGCGGCUUGAGGCCGAAGCGCUUCUGCAGCGCCCGGCCGCCGUGGAUGACGGUGAGGUAGAUAGCGCCCGUAGCGGCGACGGCGGGCGCAGUGCUCCAGGGAGUCUGCCCGGGAAUCCAGCGCACCAGCGCCUCAUUGCGCCCGAGGAACGCGGGCAGCACACGCGGCAGCACCGCCGAGAGCGUGUCGUACACGGGCGAGGCGUGCGCGGCGAGCAUGGCGGGCAGAAGGUGGAGGGCGAGGCUCUCUCUGAGAUAGAAUAGGGAGCAGAAGGGAGACGCAGACGAGACCGAGGCUUGCAGAUGAUGGUCGGGAGUGGAGCAGCGCCAAUAGCGCCGCCUUUUGAGGCGCCCUGUCAGGAGCAGCAGGGCGUAGCGGCACGUCACUGCGGCUUGCUCUCGCAGCGCCGUCCCGACAGGAGCCGGGCCGAUGCAGAUCUCGUUUCUCUCUCGCAGGCGGCCUGCAGCGCCCUCGUCGGCGUGUUUCGAUCUGUGUCGCAGCGCCGGAGCGCCGUCAGCGGCGUGGGUUGGGCAAAUUUCGAGGAGCGCCGUCCGCGGCCCCACACCUUGGGCGCCGAGAUGGACGAUGCGCUGCGCUGCACCCGACGUGCCGCGGUGCGGCGGGCGCCACGACAACACGCUUCCGCGGCAGCGGCAGGGUGCAGCAGCGCCAGAGCCGUGCUGCGUGAUGCGUGCCGCCGCGCCAGAAGCAGCGAAGCCACACCGGCGCGCCGGAAGCUACGCCCGAGCUCGUCGAACCGCGAGGGUGCGCUCGAGGCAGCGCGGAAGCAGCAGCAGCAGCCAGCAGCAGCAGCGUCGGCUGCAGCGUCACGAAGAGGUCUUCGUCCUGUCCUGGGCACCUUUGAUGCAGGCGCAGCUCUUCGCCCCUUGAGGGGGGGGGGGGGGGGGGAGAGAUGAGCUUGGCGCCUGCUUCGUGGCGGAAGCAGCGCGGGCGCACUUCUGCUCCCGCCGGGCAGCAUU